AUGAGUGGGAGUAACAAAAAUGAAAAAAAGGAGGAGGACUGUAGCUGUUACGCGGAGUCUCGCACAAAGAAGACUUGUCCUCCCGUACGCAACGUGACGCACCCUCUGCGCUAUUACGAGUUCUCGCCCGACGAGCUGAAAGCGCUGGAAGAGUGCGACAAAGAGAGCUUCUACCAACGCUGCUUGCCCUUCAGCACGCUCUUUGCCACUGUCACCUACGCUGCAGUUAAAUAUGAGUUCCUGAGCCGAAACCCCCAUUUUGGUGCCGUGCCCAAGGUUCUGGUGGCUGCUUUUGUGGGUCAUAUAUAUGGUCGCCUCUCAUACAUGUCCAAAUGUGAAGCAAAAUUGCGCAAUUUACCCACAAAUAGCCACCUUGGAAACGUCAUGAGAAAAUAUCAUUUGGAAAACAAUCCUCCGCUGGAUCCUAAGAAACGUUAA